AUGUCGGAAUACUACCAUUCCAACCAGUUCAUACCGCCUGAAUACUACAGCGUCGACCCUGCUGCCGUUCCGAAUCCCAGUUACCCUCAUGGACCGCCGUUGGUGCCGCCCGAGACAUCAUUCGCGCACCAGCAGAUGCCAGGGAACCCCCUCUAUCACGGUAUGCCCGGGCCCUUUCCGCAAUUUUCCCAACACCCCUUUCCACAUACCUAUCCAGACCAGUACGCAGAUAUACCUGGACCGGGUUUCGAAAGCCAGCAAGGCGGCAAUGCGCGCGCCAGGCGCAGGUCGUCUGGUCCCGAACACGCGGCUGGCGUCAAGCAUCGUCGAACGCGGAGCGGUUGCUUCACAUGCAGGCAACGCAGAGUCAAAUGCGACGAGACACAUCCCAUCUGCGAAAGAUGCCGUAAGGGAAAUCGCGAAUGCGUGUACCCAGAUGAGUCGAAUCCACGGCCAAGCCGUAGUGGGAGCAAAGGCAAUCUGAAAGCGACCAAGGAAGAAUUUUCGCCUGAAGAUGAUUAUGACGAAUCCCAUGAGCGGCUACCGGUGAUUGCGGAUGUCGGUGAAGAAGUAGAUUACGAUAUGGAUGCAAAAUCUGCCAUAAAAACAGAUGUGUCACGAGAGGCUUCCGAUACACCAGCGUUGACCCUGGAUCGCAGUCCUACACCACAAGACGCAUCCUCGAUCCGAAAACGUAGUGAAAGUCGCCCGGCUCUUUCACGGAAAUCCAGCGGCCUUAUUUCACGAGCGAUUAUGCCUCCCAGUACAGAUAGCACGACCUUCCCGCAAGACGUCAGAUUCUAUCUGGAUUACUUCAAGAACCACAUGUCCCACCAUCACUACUCGCUCAAGCGCGACGGUGAUAAUGCUUUCAAGACCGACUUGCUUGCAAUGGCAGUCAAGCACGAACCCCUUCGAUAUGCCGUGGUUGGAUACGCAGCGUACUUCCACACUCUCAGCAAACCAGAUGGUCAGAUAUCCGAUUUCCUGCAAUACUACAACGAAUCGGUCUCUCGAUUGCGUGCAUCAAUUGAAAAAAGCAGAAAGCAGAAUCUCGCUACGUUCCUUACCAUUUUGCAGCUUGCUAGUAUCGAGGAGAUGCUCGGAGACUGGGUCAAUCUGAUGUGGCACCAAAAGGCCGCCUACGACGCUCUUACACGCUUAUAUACCCCUGAGUCGGUUCUGCAGUCCGCAUUUAUACGGAAGGUCCUGUUAUGGUACAUUCGGUUUGACCUUUUUGUUGGUUUCCAGUCAGGCGGCGAGUCUGUCCUCGGUCGUGAGUGGUAUGUCAGUGUUCACGAUUACUAUGUCAAGAAGGUUCGCGAAAUUCCCCAUGAUCUGGGAAUGAAGUACGAAGAACGUUUCGCAUAUUCCCGCUUAGUGGCCAAAGACUCGAAUGAUCUUUUUGCAAGAAAGGCUAGAGGCCUGCUCACGGAUGAGAAGUUCAUGGAGGAGCUGCCCAAGCUGGCCGAUCGGAUCAACAACCUGGACAAGAACAUUGAUCCGGUGCUACUAGACCCCAGCGAACAUGUCACCGAUCUAGCUGGUGAUCCAGAUCCAGACGACAUCGUCAAUCCUUACGAAACGAACAUUAUCUGGGGUGGAUCACGAUGGACAACAAACUACCUGAUAAUGGACAUGUAUGGGAUUAUACUCAUGUUUCAAAUCCAAAUAUCUCAUGCGCUCCGUAAACCUUUCGAUCCCGACCUAAAGCACAAGGCACUCCGCGUUGCGCAGGUCUUCGAAGCGAUCUGUCUCUGCCCAAAGGCAACUCCUGGCGCAAUCAUCGAGGCGCAAGCAUCGCUAGCUAUCGCGACGCUUUUUCUCCCGAAGGACCCGAAGACCAUACAAUGGUGUCGCCGCACAUUCGUAAAGAUUGAAUCUGCAGGUUACAUAUACUCAAGCACGCUGCGAAAUCGGAUGCUCGAACAGUGGGGAUUGGCGCAUUCCGACUGGUGGUUCCCCAACGACGAAAACUGCCCUCCCAUCAUCCGCUCGAUCAAAGACUUCAUACAGGAACGAACAAUGGCGCCGAAGGACCAGACCUCAGAAGACUUACGGGAAAUGAAAGGGAUCUUCUCAACCCUGACCAUCUCGGAUUCACCGGCGGACGACAAUAUGGGCAACUCUCCUCCGAUCGAGGGCGUCCUUGCGAGUGGAGCUGUACCCGCGACUAUGGAUGAUACCUAA